AUGCCCUCCUCGUCCUCCAAUGCAACCGACUCGAGUCCUGUGCGGACGCUCAUAACCACGACCGUCACCGCGACAAGCCCGCCAACUAUAGAAGAAACCACAGGCCCUUUCGACCCCUUCGACCCUUUCCCCACAAGCGGCACCCACAUCCUCAAGCUCGAUCUCCAGGGAUAUGUGUCCGACGAGGAUCAAGCCACUGCCACCUCCCAUCUCCGGCAUGUAACCCAAGAAGACAUGAUGAAGAGCCCAUCGGAGCGCAUCGACACUUUGUGCUUCAGUGCGCCCCGGGAUGCGCAGUGGCCCGCCGUUGAUGGGCUGUCGCCCACACACCUAGAAGUCCAGGCGAACGUCGACGAGUCAAUCGAUCUCAGCCCGCUGGACAAGUUCAAGAAUCCAUGGACGGCUCUGCGCAGUCUCAGGAUGGGCGGCGUGUGCUCGUUUUCGGAGUGGCCAGCCGUGAUCGCGGGGCAGGUCGAGAGCAUCGACUUGACCUACUCGCAUGCGAUCCACUGGACGAGCUCGGGUGGGUUUCCGAACCUGAAGAGACUGAAGAUGGAGGAGAACAACGCGAUUGAUAUGUUCUUGUUCGCAAUGAAGGAGAUCCCUGGGCUUCUUGCUCGAUUGGAGGUCUUGCAUUUGCAGAGCACGAAUGGGUGUGAUCUCCAGUAUGACUUCACGCCGCGAAAUUUGCAGAUGAAGCUGAGGAGGUGCCAUGUACUGAAAGACUUGUGCAUUGCGCUCGCACAAGAGGAUUCUGAUUUGGGUCUUGCAAGGUACCUUCCUCGCUCUCUGGAGAGGCUGGAAUUCCAUUGCACGAUGUCGAGAGCCAUGUCAGAGGACCUAGACGAGUGGGUUGCGCAUGCGAACAAUCCGAAGUGGUUGCCUUCGUUAAAGCAUUUCGUCCUGAAGUACGACGCCAACAUAAUUGGGGGCCGUCCUAGAGACAGGACCGAAGAUGUCGAGUCUCUUGCGCCACAGUUCGACGCGAAGAUCACGCUAGUUUAUGCCGCCUUGGAGGAAUCUUGGUUCAUUAUCUGA